AUAUGAAAAACAGCUGUCAAUUCAGAUAUAAAUAUACUCUUCGGGAAAAAACACCAAAUUAAAUAAAAAUGCUAAGAAAAUUCACGCCUCUUUUGCGAAAAAAACCUAAGCAAUUACCAAUUGCUUAUUUAUGCAAUACUACGCGAAAUAUCAGUGACUCAAGAGCUCUUUUCGUUAAGGAUUUGUACGAACCAGACUAUUUGGAGAGCCUUAAGCCGAAAUUUCCGCAACUUGAAAAUUUAAAUGUUCAAAUCAAAGGCUAUGACUACCCGAUCUUGGAGAGCUAUCAGCGUUAUCUUCAUAAGGUAGCUGAAUAUCUCGACAUAGACGUCGCUGAUUGUUAUGCUUUGCCACCACAACACAUGACAGUGCAACGUUUGCGUCCAAAUUCUACUGCAGUCGAUGCUGAAUAUCGUUUAACAGUUUAUGAGCGCAAUCUGCAUUUGGAAGAUGUCAGCGCUCCCAUCUACCCACUAUUUCUACGUAUUGCUCAGGCAGCGUUACCUGAAGGCGUAGAGUUGUCUAUACAGGAACAUACAAAAGAUGAUGAGGAAAGACGUUACGUACCUGAUCGCGAUCUCUUGGAACUCAAGGCCGAGCUGGAAAGAAUACAAAGUGGUACAGCCAAAAAGAAAUAACACUAUAUUCUGGACUAUUCGUAUUUAUUUAACAAACAUAUUGUACUUUUAUACAUUGUGUGGAUAAAGUUCUACAUUUUCAAAAUAU